UGCAGGAUUCUAAACCGCCUGCCUGCCGCUCAGCUCGAGUGCUGGAGUAAGCGACAGUUGGCUCAUCAAGAGCGAUAAUGGGCUCAGGAGGCGAUGGAAAGCUGAGGGGAAGGUGAGGCUUCUCUGAAGCCCUUAGGCUAUCUAAGAUGAAGAAGAUUUUUGGUUUUGGGGGUAGGAAGGGCGUGUCACCCUUGGGCUUUUCCAACAGCCCGGGGAGCAGCAGCAUGAGAGAUUGGCGUAAGAGUAGUAACCGAGUUUCCUCGCCGCACGGGUACCACAUCCAAGACAAAGAUCUGGGGAAGAUCCACAAAGCUGCCACAGUGGGCAACGUAACAAAAGUGAAGCAGAUUCUAUUGCUCCGGAUAAAUAGCGUGGAUGACACAGACAAGAUGAACAGGACUGCCCUACAUUUGGCCUGUGCCAAUGGUCAUGCGGGAGUGGUCACUCUGCUAGCUGAUAGAAAAUGCCUAUUGAACCUUGGUGACAGUGAAAACAGGACAGCUCUGAUUAAGGCUGUACAGUGUCAGCAAGAGGAAUGUGCAACAAUUCUGCUAGACCAUGGUGCCGACCCCAAUAUAAUGGACAUCGAUGGCAACACUGCUCUCCACCAUGCUGUCCUGGGUCAAAAUACAUCUAUAGUAGCAAAGCUGCUUGCACACAAGGCAAAUAUUGAAGCAAGAAACAAGGAUGACCUCACACCAUUGUUGCUUGCUAUAAGUGAAACCAAAGAGAAAAUGGUGGAAUUUUUAGUAAACAGAGGUGCAAAAGUCGAUCAGUUGGAAAGCAGUCGUCAACUAACUUGUGAAUACAAAGGAGAAAGAAGACCUAAAAUAUGUUCUGAAAGUAGCAAAAGUCUUGUGGAUAUAGAUCUACAGGAGUCUCCAAAACAAGUGUCAAGAAAAACAAAUUCAAUGACAGUGGUUGAGAAGUCUGAAGAAGACUCUUUAAGCAGGCUGUCCAGCAAACCUGACAUUGAUGAUUCAUGGCCUACAUCAGAAGAUGAAGACUUCAAUUUUGAUACCAAGAAUGUCAUGAAGCCAAGCUUGACAAAGCUAAUGACCGCUAUUCAACAAUCCCACGAAAACACAGAAGCAAAAUAUGCCAUUGUGGGACCAGAAAAUAGGACCUUAUGUGAAGACAAUACUUUUCAUAGUGAAAAUGAAGAUGUGAUUGGAACUUUCCCCAAGACAUCUGAAAAAGUCCAGGGCUUUUCUCAACCUACCUUUUCAUCACUUGAACCUCUUCUAAAAGCUUCUCACAUGUCUUUAGAACGCAUUGGUUUUCCAAAGGAAGAAGCAACAAAGCCAGCAAUUAAAAUAAAAGGAAAUAGUAUUGAUAUUACUAAAAGUGCUCCACAAAACCAAACAAAUAAUAACAAUUUGACUUAUGUUGAUGGAGAAUAUAAAAACAGUAGUAGUGAUAAAAUGGCAACAUUAGGAUUAGGAGAAGAUGAAGAUAGAGAAUCACUUUGGGACUCUGAGGACAGUUUCUCUGCAAGUCUUCCACAGAAGUAUGUCGAUCAUUUAUCUGAAGCUGUAGGUUCAGAUGUGUUUUAUGUACCUUCUUGCAUGAGUGGAUCAAGAAACUUUACGAUGGCUAAAGUAGAGGAUACAGGAAAUGGAGGCAUACCAGUAGCCCAUAUUGAUUCUCCUGGAAAAUAUUCUCACUUAAAGCCUACUGUUGAAGUGAAAGAUCCUAUUCCUGAAAAUGCAGCAGGAAUGAAUUUUGUACAAACAUCCAGAUCAGAAUUAGACUUAAAAGUGGCAUCAGAGGAAGAGCAAGAAAGGCUUAAUGGAAGUGAAAAUAACCACCCACAGGUUGAAGAAGAAAAAAAGAUGCACAACAGUAGUGAAGUGAAUGUAACAGAAAAUGUGCAUAAUGCUGAUGACAGUGAUGGGUUAAUUCAACAAAGGAAGAGUGAACAAACUGACAAGCAGCCAUUCCCUGUUACAGGGAAUGAAUAUUCUGAUAGAUCUACAGAGAAAACAUCUUAUGAAGAGAAAACAUUUAGUGAAGAGAACAAGGUCAAAGAGAAAUUUAAUUCCAUGGAUGACCUUGAUGACUUAACUCAGUCAUCUGAAACAUUUUCAGAACACUGCGAAUGGCCUUAUUCCAACUGUAAGAAUUUCAUGUUGCUAAUUGAACAACUUAGCAUGGAUUGUAAAGAUUCUGUUAGCUUACUGAAAAUCCAGGACUCACUUCUUUCCUAUGAAAGAUUAAUAGAACUUAAGAAAAAUCACUGUGAAAUACUUACAGGAAAAAUUAAAAAAACAGAAAAUAGGAUUAGCGAACUACAAAAGGAGCUAUCAGAAACUAAAGAAAUGAAAUCACAGUUAGAGCAUCAAAAAGUGGAAUGGGAGCAAGAACUCUGCAACUUGAGGUUUACAUUAAAAGAAGAAAAAGAGAAGAGAAAAAAUAUGGAUGUGUUACAUGACAAAAUAAGGGAGCAGUUAAGAAAAAAAGAAGAGCAGUAUAUAAAAGUAGUUGAAAUGAACCAACAACUUGAAACCACUCUUAGAACACUAGAAAUGGAAUUGAAGAUUGUAAAAAAUAAUUUAAAUCAGGUUAUAGAAGAGCGAAAUGACAUUCAAAGGCAACUUUCUCAAGAGCAGAAUGCCAGAACAUUGCAAGAUGGAAUCUUGAACAAUCACCUUUGCAAACAAAAGGAGAUACAGAUAGCUCAUGACAAAAUAAAUUCUGAGGUUUCUAAUAAUUAUGAAAAAGAAAAAAAUCUGUUGCAUGAAAACCAUAUGUUACAGGAUGAAAUUGCUACACUAAGACUGGAAAUAGACACAGUAAAAAAUCAGAACCAGGAAAUGGAAAAAAAAUACUUUGAGGACAUUGCAGUUGUCAAAGAAAAUAAUGACCUUCUUCAAAAGACAAUAAAAGUGAAUGAGGAAACAUUUACAAAAACAGUAUCCCAAUGUAAUGGGCAGCUUCAUGUUCUGACAGCUGAGAAUACAAUACUAAAGUCUAAACUGGAGACUGAAAAACAAAACAAAGAAAUACUGGAAACAGAAAUUGAAUCAUACCGGUCGAGACUGGCUACUGCUGUACAGGAUCAUGAGCAAAGUGAGACAUCAAAAAGAGACCUGCAACGUGAUUUCCAGAGAGCAAGAGAUGAAUGGUUUCGUUUACGGGACAAAAUGAAUUGUGAUAUGUCUGACCUGGAAGAUAGAAAUGAGAUGCUUUCUCAGCAACUUUCUAAAGCUGAAAGUAAAUUCAAUAGCCUAGAAAUUGAGCUUCAUCACACAAGAGAUGCUCUCAGAGAAAAGACUUUGGUUUUAGAAGGUGUACAGAGAGAUCUAAGCCAAACACAGUGUCAAAAGAAGGAAAUUGAACACAUGUAUCAAAAGGAACAGGGUAAAGUGAAUAAAUACAUUGGAAAACAGGGCUCCUUAGAGGAGAGGCUAUCUCAACUACAGAGUGAAAAUGUGUUGCUUCGACAGCAGCUAGAUGAUGCUCACAAUAAAGCUGACAGUAAAGAUAAGACAGUAAUUAACAUUCAAGAUCAGUUUCAGGAUAUCAUAAAAAUAUUUCAAGCUGAAAGUGAAAAACAAGCUCUUAUGUUGAAUGAAAGAAAUAAGGAGUUAAUCAAUGAAUGCAAUCAUUUAAAAGAAAGAAUGAAUCAGCAUGAAAAUGAUAAAGCAGAAAGAGACGCAAUGGUGAGACAACUUCAACAAGAACUGGCUGACACCCUAAAAAAACAAUCUAUGUCAGAGGCUUCACUGGAGGUUACAUCACGUUAUCGUAUGGAUUUAGAAGAAGAAACACAGGAUUUAAAGAAGAAAUUAGAUCAAAUCAAAAGUCAAUUACAAGAAGCAGAGGAUCAAUGUGCAGCGGCCGAAAGAUAUGCUGAGGAGACACAAGAUCACAUGCAAAAGUUUGAAAUUGAAAAUGCCAACUUAAAAGCUACAAUCAAAGAGCAAUCGCUGAAAAUUGAACAGCUUCAGACAGUCCUGGUAGGUGAAAAUUUGUCUCAGGAUGAAAGGGAACAAUUAAAGAAAUAUAUUAAAUUAAAACAAUCUCUGGAAUAUAACUUGGAUCAAGAAAUGAAGAAAAAUAGUGAAUUAGAAAAAGAGAUAACCGGAUUUAAGAAACUCUUAAAAAUUACAAAAAGGAAGCUAAGUGAAUAUGAAAAUGGAGAGCUUAGUUUCCCUGGAGAUUUAAAACCAAAUCAAAUUGAAGUGGAUAUUCAGAUUAAUAUGUUAAAACAUAAGAAUGAUGAUCUUACAGCAAAACUGGAAGCUGCGUCUUCAAAAUGUCAACAUCUGGAUGAAAAAAAUAAAUGUCUUCAACAGGAGUUACUAUCUAUGAAAGCAUUACAAAAGAAAUGUGAAAAACUAAAGAAUGAAAAGAAGAAGUGGAAACAAGAAGGAAUAAACCUCAAAACACAUAUGGAAAUGAAUAUGGUAGAAUUCCGUGAAUUAGAACAGUAUAAGCGGAAGGUUGAAGAAAGAGCAAGACAGGAUAUAGAAGAAAAAUUAGAAGAAGUCAAUCUAUUUUUACAGACACAAGCAGCGUCUCAAGAAAACCUGGAGCAGUUAAGAGAGAAUCACAACGCUGCAAUGAGAAGUCAGCUGGAACUUAGAAUUAAAGAUCUGGAGUCUGAACUCACUAAAAUAAAAAUUUCUCAAAAUUCUAAAGAAAUAAAUUUGGAAAAAUAUAAGCAACUCUAUCUGGAAGAAAUAGAAAGUAGAAAGUCAUUAGCAAAUAUACUAAACAAGACUAACGAGAGGCUAGCAGAGCUCAACACUGAACUUCUCCUGCAGAAACAGCAGAACAGAUCUUUACUCAGCACUCUUCAUCCAAAGCCAGGCCUGGAGAUGCCUUGUGUUGGAAAUCUUAACAGUAGUUUGGUGCUCUAUGGAAACUUUACUCCAAGGGAAAACUUGGUGGUUCCUACCUCAAGGCCACAGACUUCAAGUAGGAGCAUGGAGACUUACUUGAUCAAGAUGCGGCAGGAGUUUGAAAAAACUCUAACUAGAGAACUAAAAGAAGAUGCUGCUGAAUUUGAAGCUGAAACCUAUACAGCUUGUCCUGUAGCAUCAACUGAUCAGGCAAAUUCAUGUCAGGAUCUCCUUUUGAAAACAUCACGAGAAUAUGCACAGAUUUUGCAGAAAAAUUAUAUGAUCUGAAAUAUAAAUAGUACUUUAUGUACUUGACUAUUUACAUAAUAUUUUAGUUAUUUUCCACUAAACCCCUUGAUAUGUGAAAUCUUUAUUAUAGAAAAAUAUUUUGGGAUCACAUGUGUAUGAUGAAAAUUUCUGAAUUAUUUUAAACUGUUACUUGGCAUCUAAGUUUUAAACAGAUUUUGUAAAUAAAAGCCAGCACUGUUGAAUUUUACAUACUCAAACUGACUAAAUACCAGCUAUUUAAACAACACCCAAACAACCAGGUGGUUAUUCAUACUUUAGUGGUAUUAAUUGAUAGCUUUUUGUAUUUUUUAAUUUUAUCACUAUAUUAGGUUCUAAAGAUUUAGACAGCAUUUUGAUAUCUGCUGGUAUGGCUACCAUCAGUGUUUGGGUGUAUUACAAUUGUUGUAGUGCCAUAAAACUUUUCAUAUAUAGCAUAUGAUACAUAAUACAUCAUAUAUAAUAUAUUAACCAUUUGUAAAUUGCA